CUUACGGUGAUAGUUGACUCUGACAGCCGUGACCGAGGAGCCAAAACAUAAAUAAAAAGCUCCGGACAGCAGGGAGGGCCGCCUGCAUGAGACGUCUCACACGGAUCUACAACACACUUGAUCAAACUCAAAGCCGUGUUGCCCAGCUGUUCAGCAUAAAAGGAGCAGCAGCAGCAGCCCUGGACCAAAGGUGGCCGAUGCCGGAGUUUAAGACCUUCGCGAACAAAAGUCAAAGAAGCUGAAAAGUGUUGGCUCCGAUGUUCACGGACCUGGGUGGAGUUACGUGGACCUGAUCAAGAAAUGGCGGGAUAUUAGUUUGGGCCCGUCGCCUGGUUUCUGCUUCCCAUUAUCGCGUGGAGUACAGGCGGCCGGUAGCCCGACUGCUGGCUGCUGCUGGACGCUCCGGUGCCGCGUCCGAUCAGACCGCUGCGACAGAGCUGAUGCCAAGGCCAGGAGUCAGCCAUGAUGUCUUUAUAACCUGAUGAUCAGCAGAGAGAUGGUGAGGAAGAAGAAUCCCCCUAUCCGGAGUGUGGGAGGUGAGGAGGAGGAGGAGGAAGAAGAGGGGAGGAGGCCUGCGGCAGAGGAAGAAGAGGAGGGAGAGGAGGAGGGGAGAGUAGGAGCAGAGGCCGAACGCAUAAACCGACCCUCCGAACCGGAGUCCUCCGACCGGAUCAGGGGAGACGAGGAGCAGGAAGAGGAGGAGGGAGAGAGCGAGUGCGUGUCCUCGUCCGUCUCUCCCUCGUCCGGCGGCGAGCGCGACAGCAACGAGGAGCGACGGGGGAGGAGCGGGAGAGGGGGCGGAGCCAGCCAAGGGGGAGCGGCGUUGACUGACAGACUCGAGAGCCAGUCGGAGGCCGAGGACGGGGAGAAGGGGAUCGAGGAAGGAGAGAGGAGGGAAAGAGGCAGGGGGGGGGCAGACCACCUCACGGCUCCCCUCCUCUCCGCCCCCCACCUCCCCCCCAGACAGGAAGGAGGGGAGGAGUCGACAACGGACACCCCUCCGCUUUCUUCCAGCCCCUCUCCCAAACUCCAGGACUUCAAGUGCAACGUGUGUGGCUACGGUUACUAUGGCAACGACCCCGCCGACCUGGUGAAGCACUUUAGGAAGUAUCACCUGGGCCUGCACAACCGCACGCGGCAGGAUGCUGCGCUCGACACGCACAUCCUGGCCCUCCACAACAUGGCUCCCCAAAACACCCCCCGAGAUGUCCAGGCGGCACAGGGGCAGCGGAGCCAAGCCAAAGAGUCGGGGAAGACGAGACCAGACAUUCAGCAGCACAGGACCGUGAUGAUGAACGGCACGUAUGACGUACAGGUGACGCUGGGUGCCACGCUGAUCGGGAUUGGCCGGAAGACCUCUGAUUGCCAGGGCAAUACCAAGUACUUUCGCUGCAAAUUCUGCAACUUCACCUACAUGGGCAGCAACUCCUUAGAACUCGAACAACACUUCAUGACCUCGCAUCCAAAUAAAGUAAAAAGUCCGUCAACCACGCCCCUGCUGGCCACCAACAACCUGGCAAUGCACGACAACCAGGGGAAGCGGGGGAGUCAGAUGCUAGACGGGGUGGAGAGAGUCUCGGUGAGAGCGGAAGACGACUCUUUGGUCGGCUACGCCGUCCCGGUCCGGGCGUCUUCGGACCCGUCAGGCUGGGCGGGCGGGCCCGGCCGAGAUGCCGUGCAGACAUAUUAUUGGUGUAAAUUCUGUAGCUGGAGCUGCGAGUGGUCAGGGGGCUCGGCGAAGCUUUUAGAGCACUACGAACAAAGACACAGAAUGACCACGGGAGGUACGAUGAGCCCCGGCAACUCUACUCUCGGGGGGAUGGACAGAGAGAGGGAGAGAGGGGGGAGACGAGAGGGUGGAGAGAGAGGCCACGCGUCGUCCAAAAGCCGCAAAGACCUCUCAACCAACCCAUCCAGCACCAGCCAAGGAGACCCCAACAGCAGCGAUUCAGAAGCAGUGGUGACCAGUUAUAACUGUCAGUUGUGUGAUUUCCGCUACUCGAUGGCCCACAGUGCAGACGUGAUCGUGGUGGCACCUCUGCUGCUGCACUACCAGCACAACCACUCCAUCCACAGAUGCUGCAUCCAGCACUGCAUGUAUUGUCCGCAGGGCCUCUGUCAGCCGCUGAAGCACCUGGGGGAGGUGUCUCACCCCUUUGCGUGUCGGAAGCCCAGCUGCCCGAAAUGCUGCUCCAAGUUCCCUCCGUCCACCAAGCAGCAGCAGGACACCGCCGGAUCCAAACCUGCCACCCCUCCUCAUCUUAGAAGUGACCCCGGUGUGAUUUCGGGAUCAACUUUCCUCGCCUCUAACCCUGCGCAUCCUGUCGUCACACAAGGCGUCACCCACUUGUGUGACCAGUGUGCGUUCGCCACCACCGACAUCGACGUGUUGCUCCAGCACUACAAAAGCUGCCACACCCUGAUUAACCUGAAGGGGGCACCGCCACACGUCAAGGCCGAGGAAGAGGUUGGGGGAGACAAGGAAGGGGGGCGAGGAGGAGAGAGGGAGUACUCUUGUACAAAGUGUCACUUCAUCACGGAAGUGGAAGAAGAGAUUUUUAGACACUACAGGCGUGUCCACGCGUGUUGCCGUUGCCGACGCUGUGACUUCACAGCACCCGAUUCGUCAGCCCUCCUCGACCAUUUUAACUCGGCCCACUGCCAGGACUCCGCUCCCUCACUGACGACGACCUCCUUAGCCAACUCACUGACGCCUUCGUUAACGCUCUCGGCCAAUGGCUGCUCAGCUCCCUCCACCGUGGCCAUCAAAGAGGAGAGCAAGGGCGAUCUUCGCCUCCUUUACUCCCUUGCACCGCCCGAGGGACGGCUGGCAGAGGGGGGCAGAGAGGAGGCGGGUGUGGUGGUGAAAAGUGAGGGAGGCGAGGAGAAAGAGAGAGAGCGGGAGAAAGGCUGGGUUCUCGGGGAGACGCGAGGACUCGGAGAAAGAGGAGGUGAGCAGGCCCACGGUCUCCUCUGGGUGCCCAAGGAGCGAAUGGGACCUGAACGGGGAGUCGAACGAGGAGCAGGAGGAGGGAGCCCCUCUCUUUUCUCCUCCCCCCUCUCUUUGUCGUUUGUUUCAGCCAAUCACGACGCCUCGCAGCAGAAAAGAGGCGUGACUUCGCCGAGCAUGGUUUACCUGGGAGACACCAAGUCCUUUUUGGGAGAUACCAAGUCCUUUUUGGGAGAUGCCAGUCUGUAUGGAGGUGGGAGGUCAGGAGGAGCCACUGCAGGCGGAGGCGGAGCGGAGAAACCCAGCCGGAUGCCUCAGCAGUACACGGGAGGAGGAGGAGGAGGGAGUGGAGGUGGAGGAGGCCAGGAGAAAGGAGGAGCCGCUAAAGAGGAGUCCCAAUCCCUUCUACGGCGACGCAGAGGCAGCGGGGUCUUCUGCGCCAACUGUCUGACCACCAAGACGUCGUUGUGGAGGAAGAACUCCAACGGAGGCUACGUCUGCAACGCGUGUGGUUUAUACCAAAAGCUACAUUCGACACCCAGACCUCUAAACAUCAUCAAGCAGAACAACGGCGAACAGAUUAUCCGCCGCCGGACCCGGAAACGCAUCAACCCUGAUUCGCUGUCGUCUGAGACCCCCGCCCCCAAGCAGCAGCGCGUCGCCAGCGAGGAGCGUUUGAACGGGGAGGAGUCGGACCGGAGCUUCGCAACAACCAAAAACCAGCAGCCUUCGCCGCGCUCGCGCUCACCCCGAUCCACGCAGGCCUUCCUCGCCAGCCAAACAUUGGAGAUCCAUCGACGGAUGCCUCCCCUGCUCCUCCCCUCACAUCCCCCCUCCUCAUUGGUAGCUGAGGGAAAUGGGGGCGUUGCUGAGGGAGGGAUUAUAUCUCAAGGAGAGGGAGGUAAAGGGGGAGGGGGAUCAGAAAGAGGAAGUCCCAUUGAAAAGUACAUGCGUCCAUCCAAACCGUCGAGUUAUUCGCCUCCUGGAUCUCCCAUUGAAAAGUACCAGUACCCUCUCUUCUCCUUACCCUUACCAUUGACCCUCUCGUCCGAUUUGACCCCGGAGUCAGAUUGGCUCCGAUUCUGGACCAAGUACAAGAUGGCAGCCGCCUCCGGGGUUCCUGGUAGCAUCAGUAACCUCAGUAGCCCCGGGGGCCUCGGGAAUAACGCUCUUUACCUUGGCGCGAUGGUGGCUCCGGGGCCGCAUCAUCAGCAGAGCUACACGGUGCCUUACUGCGCCUCUCCCUACUCUCCUCUUCCCCCACCCCCAGCCCCUCCUCACUACCCUCCUCCUCCUCCUCCUCUUCACUCCCAAACCUCGUCGCCGUCAUUAGAGAACGAUGCUCCUUUGGAUCUCGCAAUAAGGCAGAGGGACACGAGCGCCGCCGACGCCCACGCGUCUACGAACGGCGCCGAGAGGAGAAGGCAAGAGUCGCCGCUCGCUGAAAGGUUGAGGGAGAGCUGGAAAGGAGAGAAAGAGGAGGACAAGGAGAGGAUGGACGAGGGAGAGAGCUCAAAAGAGGAGAUGAGGAGGGAGGGAAAGGAUCAUUUGGCGAAACGUCGGCCAAGCGUCCCGUCGACUCGCACGACGGCGGAGGUGGCCACGCAGGACGACCUGACCAACCGCUGCAUCCAUUGUGGCAUCUACUUCCUGGACGAGGUCAUGUAUGCCCUGCACAUGAGUUGCCACGGCGACCAGGGACCCUACCAGUGCAGCUUUUGCCUCCACGUGUGUGUGGAUCGCUACGAUUUCACCACACACAUCCAGAGGGGCUUACACAGGUACUCGGACAAAGCGCCACAGCAGAGGGGCCGCGAGCAGGACGGCCUCGCCCAGAGCGCCGCGGCCGUGUCGGAGCGAGAGGACGCGGCGCCGGAGGAAAACGACGAAGGCGAUCGCAGCGAGAUCACGGACGAAAGCGGCGAUGUCGUCGCAGUUUGUCACGACGGCCGAGGAGAAGUAACUACAGGCAACGCGGCCACUGACAUCGAGACAGAAGUUGAAGAGGAGGCAGCAGGAGGAGGAGGAGGAGGAGGAGGAGGAGGCCAAGACAUCACAAACCAGGUGUUGGAGGAGGAAACGGUGCCAGAUAGUGAUGAUGUCAUCACCAAGCCCACGGAGGAAACGACUGUCGCCGACUCUGAAACCGUAGACGAGAACACGGGGAGUAAUUAGUGGUGGGAUGCCUUGGACUCACCCGCACCUUUCAGGACGUGUGUUAUUGUUAUGAAUAAGCUGCCGGCCUCCGCGCUCCUGGAGGCGGGCUCAUGGCACACGGGCUCUCAACGGAACACAUCCUCAUGCUGGAGGCACUCGGCUGUCAAAUGGUCACAAAGUCAUUGUAGGAUCUCGCUCAACUGCUGCAGGGGCAGUUUGGAGAAGGAGCCCCCGAAGUCGGGGCGCUCGCCUCCACCCAACAGCCCCAACGAGAGGAAGCCAGACCGACCGUCGCACCGCUCUCAUUCCGGAUGAGUUUCGAGGAGCUCAGCACUUGCACAGCCAUCAUACAGCAGAGCAAAAAAUUAAUACGAAAUGCGAGAAGCAAAACUCUUUCCCUGAGCGGAUCUGUUAUGCAGCGCGCUAAACCGGUGGCAACCGGUCUGACGCAUCAUUCAGUCGUUUUUUAUCUCGGUACAGCCAGAUCUGAUCUGGUGAGAACGACUUUCUUCUUCGUGUUUUUGAGCGUUUUGCCCGCCGUGCAGAUGAACUUAUUUUGACUCUUGUAAACUGGUCAGAGAUAAACCAGUUGAAACCAGUUGAAACCAGUUGAAACCUGGUGUUACCUUGGUACAACAUGAUCAGUUGGUUGACUUCACUCGUGCCCUCUUGUUUCUAAAACUGGCAAAAAAUAAAUAACGACAACUGGCGAAAUGCCCCCCCCCCCCUGUGCAAAGUGGCCCCGGUUGGUUCGAUCCGACCGAGACUUUUUGAACUCCUUAAAACCGGUUUCAACUGGUAAGACCGGAGUAAUUCCGGACCGAAGUGUUCUCCUCAUCCACUUGGAUCAAAGCGAGUGAUAUUAUUUUCUACCUUCCUCCGUGCCAUGAUACUAGCGACGUGCCUGGCUGCCUGCCUAACAGAACAUUCAUCUAUUAACCUGCUUAACAUUUAUAAUGAUGAUAAUGGUAAUAAUAAUAAUUAUGAUGUUAUAGUGCAAAACAUGCAAUUUGCUACACCUUUUUCCUAUAUAUGUUAUUUUGUAAAAGCAAAUAAUGCUUUUUUGUUUGUGUGCAGGAAACGGUACUAUAAGACUCGUCUAUUUGUGUUUUCUUUCUUUUGGAGCUCGUUGUUGUUUGUUGAGGAGACUUGUUGUUGCGUUGUUCACGGCCCGCUGACACGGUACAGCAGCAGACGGGUGUGUGUGUGUGUGUGUGCAUUCAUGUAAGAGUGUUUGUGUGUAAGGAACAACGGAUGAUAUCAACAUUAUGAAGGCGUGCGCUCGAUAUUUCUGUCCUCAGGGGUCACAAGUGCUGCACACCAACCCGCCCGUUUGAGAGCACGUGACACGUCAUGUGACAUGUCACGUGACACGCUCAGUGGUCUCACGGUCCCACAUGUUACAUAACGUCCUCUUGUGUAUGUUCUUAUCGUGUUCAGUAUGUGUUAAUAGGUCAACAUGGUCUUAGUAUGUAACUUUAUUUCUUUCUUUCUGUCUUCACGUGGUUUUAUAGAGACUUAUGAACUUCGGGACAUCGAACCUUAAUGUUUGCGUUUGACUCGAUGAACUUCGGCUCUGUGUCGAGUCCACGGAGCUGCUCGCCGACAGUGUUGUACUCAGCCUAUCUUGUAUAUCGGAGAGUUCGGUAGGUUGCCUCUAUGUAGCAUGUUAACGUCUUAUUAAAUACGUUGCCUUUUCUAUGGAUGGAAACUGUUAAACUUUACACCGAAAGAUACAGAACAAAGUCAAGACGACGUUGUAAAGUUGAGUUGUGUGACUCGCUGAAGGGAAAUGAGCAGGUCGCUUCACGUAACUCGUCCCCCUUCUCUCCCGAUUCAUUACCGACGUUUGGGUUCUCGCGAGGUCUUUGAACGCCCCUCUUUUCUUCGGAACGGAGCGACGCGGCGGCCGUCUUGUUUAUUUUUAUAAAGAGAGAAUCACUUCUUCUGCCUUGCUGCCUUAGUUGCAAAAAAACAGAUAAAAUCACCACGAGACUCCUUUUGAAGGAAGUAAUAAAAGGCCGAGAGAAAAGAAAAUACAAGAAGGAGGAAAGAAUGAGAUAUAAGAACAAGAUAUUUUUCUACGCUUAUCCAAAAGACGUGAAUGAGAAAUGUUCCGCCUAGUGCCUGGUAACUUGUACAGUUUUUCUAAUAAGUAUAACUGUCUGUGUCGAAGAGUUAUGUUAUGAGUUGGCAGACGUCCAACAGACUGCUAUAUUUAAUGUACAUGCACCAAGAUGUCAGUCAUCCAUUAUAAUGCUUGAUUUCAGCCUCGCUGUCCGGUUGGUCAGAAACGUGUUCACAUUUGGCAUUUUCAGCCCAUGAGGGGACCCACGCGAGCUUUAAAAAAUAUAUAUAUGAAGUCGGUUGCUGUCGAUCAUAACUAUCUCCAAUUGUUGCAUGUAUGUACACGACUCUGGAAAUGUGGAGACAAACGGUGACCGUAACUUUUGUACGAAAGCCGUGAUGCCAAGAAGUGGGCGUGUGCUGUGUGUUCGGUUUACAGGAGAUGAAUCGUGGCCGCGGUCAUGUGACCAGAAGGCCCAGAUCACGGUGCCGGUACCGCGCGUGGCUCCAGAUCACACUGACGAAACCAAUUCAUGUUGUACAAAUAACUCAAAUGGUCUUCGUUCUAGGAAAUAUCUUGUGCCAAUGUGUUGAGUUUUUUUAAUUUGUUUGUAUGAUGGUGAUCUCCCAAGGGGCUGCUGGAGCAUCAUGAAAUAUGUUUACAUUUUAAAAUGUAGCAACAACAACAAAAAGCUACGGAAUGAAGCAGUGCUUUCUUAAGAGACGGAACAAAGGCAGGACUGAGCUGGUAGAUGGUGCCUUUGGAGAAAAUAUGAGCAGAAGGUGGAUGAAUAGAGUAGCUAAUACAAAUAGGUUUAUGUAUCCAUAGCAACUCGUCCGUGGUCUCUUUACCUCCCUUCAACAUCUCUAUCUCCAUCUUUCUUUGUUUCUAACUCCGACUCUCAUCUUCUACGUAUUCCUCCGCCGGCCUGCGUCCCUUCUCUUGGUUAACUGCUCCGUCCGAGGGAGCCAGGGGGUCCCUGAAUGCAACGCGGUCCCCGCAACUGAAAACCUUUGCGCUCACGUUUACUUUCUGGAGUUCCACUCCCACUCGAACGGGCCUCGGCUUCGUCACCAGCGGUGACAUUUCCAAUACUUGCUCCGCAGUGUGCAUUCAUUUUUAUUUUUCAGAUUUAGGUUCGUUCGUUCGCCAACGGGACUCACAUCGGAUAAAAGCGCCGAGUCCCUUGGGUGACGGUUUUCAGGGGAUUUCUCGGAAAAGUAGGACAAAGAUGUGAAAAAGAAACUGGAUGAACGAGGUUCUUUUUUUGUUGUUGUCAAAUCUGGGUGAACGUCUCGAUUCCUCAGCGGGCUGGAGACAAAUUCCGAUGCCAAAAUGUUUCCAUCGUUCGGCUUUUGAAAGAAGAACCUCUCGAAAGUAACAAAAACACAGCCGUGAUACUUAAGAAGAAAACAACAGUCGAUGCGCUCUUUCCGUGUAGUUGGUGCUCUGCAGAACCCUUUACCGUCCACACAUCUUCUCUGUGCGUCUGCCAGCUGAACAUUAACGUCUUCCACGGGUCAAGUAAGGAUGCCGUUUAUGUAAAACAUAAAUAGUUGUUAUUGUUGAUCGGGAGAACAUUUCAGCCGGCGUUUUAUGUUUUAAAAUAGGCACGAGAAGCCUGGUGAUAAACGAGGUACAGCAGGACACACGCCUCGUCCUUCAAUAAGGAGAGGUUUUUUUUGGAUAGGUUUGAUGGCAUUUCAAAUCAGAGUUUACAUUGGGGGGGGGGGGGGGGGGAAGGGUCUGGCUUUACAAGUGUUUUAAUUUUUGUCUUUCUCAGAAUGUGUUAGAGAGAAUUAUGCUGUUGCUUGCACUCCAUUUAUUGUGUUCUUAUUGCCAAGGAAGGGACGACACACAGAGACACACACACACACACACACACACACACACACACACACACACACACACACACACCGGCAGUGGUACGGCUUGAGUGUACAUUUUGGGAUGUACAGUAUUAAUCAUGGGAGAAAAGGGAGCUAAAGGCCAGUUUGUCAUUGGUCAGACACACAUGCAUGCACACACAUCAACUAUGUACAUUUAACCAAUAUAUUUUAGUAGCAUUUUGUCUCCUAUUCAGUUGAAUGUCUGAUAGAAAUUUUUUGUUUUUUGUUUUUUAGGUUCUUUUCUUCCUCAUGUUGUAUUUUAUUCUGAAACCUUUCCGUACUUUGUUUUUAGGUUUCAUUUCAUGCAAAAAUGAUAAUUCAACAUAUUUUGACAGCCAAGAAAAAGUUUGUUCCACAGCUAAACUUGAAGAAUAAUGUUGACGAUGAUGACGAUGAUAAUAAUUAAUAAAAGUAAUAACAAACAUA